UUGCAAGUUUAAUGUGCUCUGAGCAAGAAUCGCGAGUGGACGUUACAGAAGAGAACGCGUCGAAGUCGAACGAUAAAAGUGAAAAGUCGUAGUCGAUCGCUGCACUGCUGCGUCCUGAGAAGACCCCUCAAAACACACAAACACAAACACCUAUAAGAUAAGUGAGAUGGCUCUGGUUCCGGCUACGAACAACACGGAUUGGGAUUACUGGGAUUAUCGCCGUCGCUUGUGGCGCGAUUGGGACAUCAACGACUGGGAUCUGCCCUACUGGAAGCGCUCGCUGUCGCGCGUGGGCUCCGCGCCCGACCUCAGCAGGGUGAUCGUGGGCAAGGACGGGUUCGAGGCCAACGUGGAUGUGCACCAGUUCAAGCCGUACGAGAUCACAGUGAAGACCACCGGGGACACGGUGGUGGUGGAGGCCAAGCACGAGAAGCGUCGCGACGGCGACACCUUCGUGGGCCGCCACAUUGUCAAGCGAUUUGUGCUGCCCCGCGGCUACUACCCCAACGACGUCCGCUCCGAGCUGUCCUCCGAUGGCAUCCUCACCGUCCGCUGUCCGCCGUACCUCAGCAACGAGCGAAGUGUCUACGUUCGUCAAGUCGGUCCCUCAUAUCUAAGCAUCAAGAACUAACCCCGGGCAGAGGCUUUCUGUGUGUUUUGUUUUUAGUUUCUGUAAAAGACAGACAAAUUAAUGCACCCGACACGACCGGACUGCCCGGAAUUUCAGAGAUUUAUUCUAGAAUGAAUUUCUAGAGUCUCCUAAUUCUAAGUAAACCAAAUCCAAAAGAACAA